AUGGAGAUUGAAAUCAUCUCCACAGAGAACAUCAAACCAUCGUCCCCCACACCACCCCACUUGAAAACAUUCAAGCUUUCUCUUUUAGAUCAGCUUGUAUCGAAUCCUUAUGUACCACUCGUCUUGUACUACUGUAACGACAAUGGCGACAACGUUCUCCAAGCCCAUGAAAAGUCAUUAGCUCUAAAAGAAUCUCUAUCGAAAACCUUGACUCAGUUUUACCCGCUUGCAGGGACGAUAAAGGAUGAUCUUUCUAUCGAUUGYAACGAUGUUGGUGCRUAUUAUGCAUCAGCUUUGGUCCGUUGUCGUCUCGACGAGUUCCUAAGCCAUCCCGACAACAAUUCGACAAAUACGUUGCUGCCGUUUGCACCUAGUUUCGAUGUGUCUGGUGCAAGAGCUCGUGUCACAAAUGUUCAAGUGAACGUUUUCGAAUGCGGUGGGAUCGCUAUCGGMUUAUGCCUUUCGCACAAGAUCGUUGAUGGGGCUACRCUCYACACUUUUCUAAAAGSAUGGAGCAACAUGRCUYAUGGAGCUAARGAAGUCGUGCAUCCAAACUUAACCGCACCUUCUCUCUUCCCUGCAAAAGACUUGUGGCUYAGAGAAGCAUCAAUGGCGGUGUGUGGUUCGUGGUUAAAGGAAGGGAAGUGCAGCACAAAAAGGUUUGUAUUUGAUGCYGAUKCCAUAUCCACACUAAAAGCCGAAGCAGCUAGAAAUGGAGUGCAGAACCCUACACGUGUUGAGGUGGUWUCUGCUUUGAUAUGGAAGUCUGCAAUGGCAGCAUCCAAAMMAACCUGUGGCUUCCAGAAGCYUUCUCGCUUAAUGCACUCRGUGAACCUUCGUAAGAAACUCGCAUCAACCUKKUCAAAAKACUUGAUCGGUAACGUGCUUUGGAUCGCGACUGCAGACMGCCAAGCGAACRACGACRUUACAUUGCACGGUUUGGCGAAAAACGUGCGCGAAAGYGUUYUKAAAGUCGACGAUGAGUUUGUGAASAAAGCUCAGGGGGAUAAAGGGUACAUUGCGAUGCAACAGUCUGUGAAAGAAAUGGGAGAGAUUGGGUCCAAAGGGACCAUGGACAACUACCUSUUUACAAGCUGGUGCAGGAUGGGGUUCUACGACAUUGAUUUUGGUUGGGGAAAACCUGGUUGGGUGGSUGGUAUUGUGAGCCAUGGUAGCCCAGUGUUCAUGAACCUUAUCACUCUAAUGGACACAAAAGAUGGGGAAGGAAUAGAAGCAUGGGUGAAUUUGGAUGAAGAAGAGAUGGAGAUUCUACAAUGCAAUUCAGAGUUGCUGGCAUUUGCUUCAAUAGAUCCAAGUUCUCUACCAAAUGAUGAAGUUGCUGCAUUAAACAAAAKUCCUUUGGCUUAG